AUGGCGAAGGCACGCACCAAGAAGCGCACCCAUGUUCGCGCGACAAAUGCCACGGCUGCUGCCAAAGGCGGCGCCUCGUCUAUGAGCAAAACACCCAAGUCGAUGGUCAUUCGAGUUGGCGCUACACAGGUCGGCUCCAGCGUCAGCCAGCUGGUCAAAGAUGUGCGGACGAUGCUUGAGCCCGAUACGGCUGUGCGCUUGAAGGAACGCAAAUCGAACAGACUUCGGGAUUUCACAACAAUGACCGGCCCUCUGGGCGUGACCCAUCUUCUUCUUUUCUCCAAAUCCGCCACGGGCAACACGAAUCUGCGGUUGGCGCUCACCCCCCGAGGGCCGACCCUGCAUUUCAAGGUGGAGAACUACUCUCUGUGCAGAGACGUCGAGAAGUCGUUGAAGCGCCCGCGCGGCGGUGGCCAGGACCACAAGACGCCUCCGCUGCUCGUGAUGAACAACUUCAACUCCCCCGGCGCAGACGAGAACUCCAAAGUACCGAAGCGCCUCGAGAGCCUGACCACGACCAUUUUCCAAUCGCUCUUCCCUCCGAUCAACCCCCAAGCUACCCCUCUCACCUCCAUCCGUCGUGUCAUGCUCCUGAACCGUGAGCUCGCCCCCGAAGGCGAAGAACAGGACUCCUAUGUCCUCAAUCUCAGACACUAUGCCAUCACGACGAAGAAGACCGGUAUCUCGAAGCGUAUCCGUCGUCUCGAUCCCAAGGAAAUCCGGAACAAGGAGAAGAAGAAGGCCGCCGUGCCGAAUCUCGGAAAGCUCGAGGAUGCCGCAGACUAUCUGCUCGAUCCCUCGGCGGCAGGCUACACGUCUGCUAGUGAAACUGAAAUGGAUACGGACGCGGAGGUGGAGAUCGCAGAGAGCACCACCCGGAAGGUUCUCACGAAACGUGAACUGCAGCGGAUGAAGGCUGGCGACAAGGAGAAGGCACAGAAGAAGUUGAGCAACGGCCCCGGGGUCGAGAAGCGGGCGGUCAAGCUGGUUGAGCUGGGCCCGCGCAUGAAGCUCCGGCUGCAGAAGGUUGAGGAGGGCUUGUGUGAGGGCAGAGUCAUGUGGCACGAUUUCAUCUCGAAGUCUGAGGAGGAAGUCAACAAGCUGGACAAGAGCUGGGAUAAGAAGAAGAAGGAGAAGGAGGAGAGAAAGAAGCAACAGCGGGAGAACAUUGAGAAGAAGAAGGCCGAGAAGGCCAAAGCCAAGGCCAAUGGCAAGGAGGUUGAAGAUGAUGAUGACGAGGACGUUGACAUGAGCGAUGAAGACUGGCUCAGCGACGAUUUCGACGAGGAUGAUGAGAAUGUGGUGCAGGAUGAGGAUGACGAGGAAGAAGAAGAGGAGGAGGAGGAGGGAGAAGAGGAGGAUGGUGACGAGUCUAUGGAUGAGUAA